AAUUCUCAUUCGUGACGUCAUUCCAUCGCCAUAUUGCAGAAACAAAACACAAAGAACAACACAAAGAAAUUUAACAUAAAUUUCAUUUCCUGGUCUUCAUUUUAGCUCAUCCUGAUAUUUAGCUGACAGUAGACAUGGCAGUGAGUCCCAUCGGAGGGGCUGUGAAAGCUCUCCAGUUGGAGCUGAAGAAAAUUCAAGAGGAGCCAGUAGAGGGAUUUCGAGUAAAUCUAAUCAAUGAUGAAAAUCUAUUUGAAUGGGAAGUUGCUAUCUUCGGACCUCCUGGUACAUUAUAUGAAGGUGGUUAUUUCAAGGCACAUAUGAAGUUUCCAAAUGAUUAUCCAUACAAUCCACCAAGUGUAAAGUUCAUUUCCAAGAUGUGGCAUCCAAAUGUAUAUGAGAAUGGUGAUGUAUGUAUAUCAAUCCUGCACCCUCCAAUUGACGAUCCACAAAGUGGUGAAUUGCCUUCAGAAAGAUGGAACCCUACACAAAAUGUCAGAACAAUCCUACUUAGUAUUAUAUCGCUUCUCAACGAGCCAAAUACAUUCUCUCCAGCAAAUGUUGAUGCUUCUGUCAUGUUCAGAAAAUUCAAGGAUUCCAAAGGAAGAGAUAAAGAGUAUGAGAAUAUAAUAAGGAAACAAGUUCAAGACACAAAAAAAGAUGCUGAACGAGACGGAGUAACAGUUCCAACAACUCUGCAGGAAUAUUGUGUUAGUAUAAAACCUAAACCUCAUGAUGAUGUAGACUUUUAUGACGAUGAUGAUUACGUAGGUGAUGAUGAUGAUGAGGACGAUGAUGAUGAAGAUGAUUAUUACGCAGAAGAUGAUGACGAUUCUGGAAAUGGAGGCGAAUCUUGAUAAAUGAAAAUUGUUUGGAAUUUAAAUUUGAUUGGAUUAAAUAAUUGGAUUAUCCUUUUUAAAAAAGGAAGGAUCAAGGCAAAGCACCCUGUAAUAACAUUCAGGUUGGAGGAAGGCUUUUUCUUGGAUGGCAGUAAUUAUUUACUUUGCUUUUAAAAUACUACUAAAGUAUUCAUUAAUAUAUUCCUAUAUAAAAAAAAAAAACAGAUGAUAUUGUUUUACUCAUUUAAUAUUUAUUGAGUAUGAUACUGUAUAAAUUAAUAAUACUUCUCUCAAGUUUUCAUUAUUGUUUGAUACAAUGUUUCUUAUUUUGGGCGGGAAGUUUAAUUAUGACAUUUGGAAGCACCAUCAAAUAAAGUUACAUAAUAAAAUAGAUGAUUUUCUGUACAACUUGCAGGACUGUAACAUUAGUCAUUUAAGUAGAACAUAUUUUAGCCUAUUUAUUUAUAGUAAAGUCCCAUUUAAUUUUUGUUUCUGUGAUAGAAUUAUUAUCAAAGUCAAAGGAAAAAUAUUUCUUGGUUGACACUUUUAACAUUUAGUAUUUAGUAAAAUAAAAGAAAUAAAUAAAAUCUUUUUUUGUUUAGUUACCAAAAUGGAGAUAAUGAAUUUAUCUGUAAAUCUACCAAGUCCUUACAAAUAUGAAGAUGUCCAAUAUCUCAAUUUCUGUAAUCUUUUUUUUUUGCUGAGGAUUUUUCUGCUCCAAUUGAGCUGUAGUAUUCAACUGGCACAGGUAAUGGAGAGUGCAUAUAAAUCUACUAGGUCAAUAAUAGGUAACUGCAAACUUUUCACUCAUAUUCCAUAUCCUAACCUGCAUAAAUAUUACUCAGAAAUCAUAGAAAAAUAUCUGUCUAUAUUGACUAUUUCAAGGGUUAAAGACAUGCUUUGAACAUGUUGAAAAUAGUGUUGACAUUUUAAAGGUGCUUUUUUGCUAUAUCUGAUCAAUGUCAGGCUAUGGUCAGGUAAACAUAUUUUGUUGAUCAAAAUCAUGUUUUUCAAUAUUAACUGACAGUGCAAGUCAAAUGAGUGAUUUUGAAAUGAAAGCGCUACCAUGUCACAGGUACAAUGUACCUUGUUAUAAUUGUACUUUUUGUUCGAGAUAUAAAUGUAAAAACAGAAAUAUUGGUAUAUGAGCUUUGAUCAGCUCUGUAUGUGUAUUUGAAAUGACAAAUGAAAUAAAUGUAGUAAAGGGAUAUUGUCUACACUCUUUGAAAGAAAAGUAAAGUUUUAAUGAUACAUGAGAAAAUUGAUGUUUUACCAGACCAGUUCAAAUGAAUUGGGUUUUUUUUCAAACGAAAAUAGAUCAAGAAUCAAACAGAUUUGUUCACCUGACACACUUAUAUGGUGUUAAACACAAUUAUAAUUGAGUAGACAAUAUCCCUAAAGGGAAUAUGUAUAUUCUUUAGUCUUCAUAGAUAUGUUAUUGACAUUCCUUAAACAAGUUACUUAAGAAAAUUUCCAGUUGUUCAUUUUUAAAAAGCAUACAAAUUCUCAUGAACACUGUAUACUUAUAUAGUUUAUAUGUUAUAGAAAUAUUGCAUUUCUGAUGAACAAAUUAUACACUUGAUGAAACAUUAAGUUUUUAAAAAUAUAGAAAGAUUUCAUUUUUCAUUCAUUCCUCAUAAACUUCUUACAAGAUAAAUUAAGGCAUUGAUUAAUUUGUAUAAAUUCAUAAUUUUUGUUAAAUAUUAAUUGUAGAAGUUAUUGAAAUCAGGGUGAAUGAUUCAAAGCUCAUGUCUGGAGUUCUGUUUGUAAAACGAGGACCCAUAGUAUAAAAGCUUCUUCUAGUAAAUACACUAUCUUUAAAAAUACUGUUGAAAGUUCAUUUUCUGUUGUUGAGAUUUCAAUCUCAUUAUGAUGAUCUUUCAUCAGUUGCAAAUUUUCAAUGGUAUUUUUAAAUGCAGUGUAUAUCAGGAAGUAUGUCAAACCUUGUAAACAAAUUUGAAAAUGACUGUAUGACUGACACCUUUAAGGAAAAUCAUUAUUUAGAAUGAAAGUUUCUGUCAGAUGUUAGCCUAGCACAUAUUAUAUAAUCAGGUUGAAAUAUGAUGAGAUGGAAAAGUUUUAUAUUUUUCUUGUGUACCAUCUCAUGGUAAAAUAUUGUUAAUUUCAUUUUGUAUUAUAUUUGUUUCUGGUGAUCUUUUACUGUAUUAGAUGUAACAUGUAAAGGUGUGUGUACAUAGGUGUGAAUUAAUGAAAUGUGGAUGUUAUAAAUGAGUUGGAUGUAUGCAUGUAAAAAAGUGUAUGUGGUUUAAUUAAUUUAUAGCUUAUUUACUAUUAGUUACUAUAUUUAAUUGUCACUGGUGUUAUUUGUUGAAUUUUUUAUUUGUUUGUUUAUUUAAUAUUUUAAUGUAAACCACCAAUUUAAGUUCACUUUCCUAAUUUACUAAGUACAUGCAAUAACACCUUUGAUGUAGUUAAAGGAAUAUGAUACAGAAAUGGGGAAGUGAUUUGCAUGUUAAGACAGCUUUUCUGAAGGAAACUUUUAUAACAUUUCCAUUUAUUCUCUCAAUUUGAUACUUUGGGAGGAAGCAAGUUUGGGAAAAAGACAAGUAGAAUUUACAUUUUAACCAAAAGGCCAUUAUGGGGAGGUAGGUGAUUCUUACCUCAUGUUCUUUCAAGAUUAAGUUCUGAUAAAAACCAACUAUGGACAAGUACACUUCUAGGUCCAGUGACCAAGAUGUUAGAAUGGAAUACUGAAUAAAAUCACACAUUGCUGUGAUAUGGGUUCUUUAGCAAAUUUUACUUGGAAACAGGAACAAAUUAUAAAGAUGAAAGGUGUUUAUAACAUUCCUCCAAAAGAAAUUCUAGCAUGCCUAUGGAAAGGGUUUUAUGACUUACUGUAAGGAAAAAGUUCUAACAAUUUUCAAAUUUUUCUAAGAAUAAAUAAAAUUUUUUUCAUCUUUUCCCCAAAAAAACCAAAACAGUUUACUAUUUAUAUAUUUUUUUUGAGCAUAUUACUAAUAUUGCCUGAAAUAGAAGAAAACUGUAAAAUAUUCUUUGAUAUUUUAGUCUUAACCACACUGUUUCAGGGAAAAUUUGAUAUAAGAUAAAAUUUGUAUCCCAUUCCUUUAAAUAUAUGUCAAAGGAGUAUUGUAUUGAAAUUUAAUGCAUUUAAAAAAAUCCGUCUUCAUAUUUUGGGGAGCAUUAAAUCAUAAAAUGAUUCCCUGCAUAAGUCUCCCAUUAGUAUUCUCAAAAAAAUGAAAAAUAACAAAUUCAGUUUUGAAAUUUAAAGGACUAAAAAAUCAUAAAGUUUGAAUUAAGUAUGCUUGCUUCAGAUUUUACCAAUUUUGCACUUUUAGUGUGGGAUUGGUAUUAAAUUUCAUUCAUAUAUUUUUGGCACCGCUUUGAAUCUAUGCCAAAGAUCUUUUUGCUUAUCAGAAUGCAUCAGUUGAUACUCUGUGUCUGUAUCCUUUCUUUCUGUUGAAAGUUUUUAUAUAUAUAUUGAUUUGGGAUGAAUGAUGAUGCAAAGUUGAAGUGUUUAAAAAUGUCAAGUACAUGUUAAAAAUGGAAGUAAUAAAUUGUGAAAUUUUUAAUAA